GGGCCGCUUCCGCCGGGCAGCACGCGCGGGCCGCCGCCAUGAAGCCGAGAAAAAACACAAAGCGAGUUCCAAGUUUUCGCAAGUUACUGAGAACUAGUCAAAUAAAACUUGACAAUAAAUUAAAGAAUAAACAGUACAAGCAGAAGAGUGCUGCUAAGAAGUAUCGUAAAGAACAAAAGAAGCUAAGGGAGGCUGUCAGAGAUGCUAUUUCUAGAAAGCCUUUUCCACUGGAGGAAUGCAAGAAGAAACAAGUUGCUAAAAAAUGGGAAGAAAAAGAAGAAGAAGAUGCUCUUCCACUGGACAUGAUGGAUGAAGAUGACUUAAAAUUAAUGGAGGAUCUGGCCCAAAAAGCAUCCUUUUUAACCAGAGAUCUUUCUUCUAAUGAACCUGUUCACGUCAAAAAACGAAAACAUGAAAGUGUGAUUGAGAAAUAUGAGAAGGUGCCAAGACGUUUGCAAACAGAGCCAGAAAAAGAACUCAUCCAUCUGCUCCCCAUCAAAGACAAAAGUGGCAUAAUUCCUCAAGCUGUGGAAAAGCCAGUUCUCAAUGUUGCACAUGACGAAGAAGAGGACACGGAAGAUAUGGAGGAAGGAGAGGACUUUAAUGAGGAACCCCUGCCUGUUCUCACUCCUGAGGAAAUGGCUGCUCAAAGGAGACAGAAGCUACAGGAGAGGAAGAUGCACAUAGCUGCCUUAGCAUCUGCCAUUCUCUCGGAGCCAGACAGCAAUAUUAAGAAGCUGAAGGAGCUGCGUGCCAUGCUGAUGGAGCAGGAUCCUAACGUGGCUGUGAUUGUUAGGAAGCUGGUCAUGGUGUCUUUGAUGGAGAUAUUCAAAGAUAUUGCACCUUCGUACAAAAUUCGGCCUCUGACCGAAGCAGAAAAGGCUACCAAGGUUAAAAAAGAAACACAGAAACUGAGAGAAUUUGAAGAAGGCCUUGUAAGCCAGUAUAAAUUUUACUUGGAAAAUCUGGAACAAACAAUUAAAGAUUGGAAGCAAAGGAAAAUGAAGAAAAGCAAUGUCAUCUCAUUAAAGGCAUAUAAAGGUCUAGCAGAGGUAGCAGUGAAGUGUCUGUGUGAGCUGCUUGUAGCCCUACCCCACUUCAACUUCCACAAUAACAUUAUUGUUCUCAUUGUUCCACUCAUGAAUGAUCCAUCAAAAAUGAUUUCUGAACUGUGUGUUGAGGCUGUUAAGAAGCUCUUUAAACAGGACAAGUUGGGCUAUGCUUCACUUGGUGUAGUUAAAGUAAUUUCUGGCCUUGUGAGGGGUAGAAAUUAUGAUGUCAGACCUGAGGUGUUAAAAGUAUUUCUUCACUUAAGAAUUAAGGAAGUAGAAUUACAAAAAGAUUCUGAAGACAUUGCACCAAAGAAAAAGUUCAUGACUUACAAAGAGAAAAGAAAAAAUCUUUCCAGAAUGCAAAGAAAGUGGAAAAAAGCAGAAGAGAAACUGGAACGAGAGCUCCUGGAAGCUGAAGCAUCAGAAAGUAAAGAAAAGAAACUGAAGCUGCACACAGAGACCUUGAAUAUUGUAUUUGUAACAUACUUCAGGAUCUUGAAGAAAGCUCAGAAGUCUCCACUUUUGCCAGCUGUGCUAGAAGGUCUUGCAAAGUUUGCUCAUCUCAUAAAUGUGGAAUUUUUUGAUGACCUUUUGAUUGUCCUUCAUUCUCUUAUUGCAUCUGGGGAUUUAAGCUAUCGUGAGAGUCUUCAUUGCAUUCUCAGUGCUUUUCAUAUCCUCUCUGGUCAAGGUGAUGUUCUUAACAUUGAUCCAAUGAAAUUUUACACACAUCUGUACAAGACACUGUUCAGCCUACAUGCAGGUGGCACCAACGAGGACAUAGGGAUUGUGCUGCAGUGCCUGGAUGUCAUGUUUGCCAAGAGGAGAAAGCAAGUCUCCCAGCAACGAGCUCUUGCUUUCCUGAAGCGACUUUCCAUCCUUGCUCUUCAUGUACUUCCAAAUUCCAGUGUUGGGAUCUUGGCAACAAACAGGGUAUUCAUGCAAACAUUCCCAAGGAUGGACCUUUUACUAGACAACGAAUCUCAAGGCAGUGGAGUUUAUCUCCCAGAAUUAGAUGAACCAGAGCAUUGCAAUGCCCAGAACACAGCACUGUGGGAGCUGCAUCUACUGCAGAGACAUUAUCAUCCAACAGUGCAGAAAUUUGCAUCUCACCUUAUUGCUGGAGCUCCAACUGAAGGCUCAGGAGCUCUUCCACUUGAUUUGAGCCAAAGGUCUGCUACAGAACUUUUUGAGACAUAUUGUAUGAAGGGAAUGACCUUUAAUCCUCCUGUUGCUUCAGUAACACCCAGAAGAAAGGAUACCUUCUCGCAUAUGGGUUCAUUUGUAGAUGAAGAACUAAACAAACAGCUUCAACAACACAUCAGUGAGACUGUUGCCCACAAACCCUUGGAUUUUGCUAAGCACUUGAAGGAAUCAUCCUUGGCAUAAAUGUAUCUAUCAAUCAAGUUCACUUGGAUUCUUAAUUAUGGAGAAAGAUUGGCUGAAAGAAAUCACCAGUCAUCAUAAAAGGAAUACAAGCAGGCUUUUGUGUGAAUAUAGAAACACAGGAAAAUGUAACAGCAGUUUUUCACAGUUACAGGCCUGUCCCCCUAACCACCGAGCCCCUGUUCCAGGGGCUGGGGAAUCACAAUGAACUGUCAGUUUUUUAAAAAUAUACAAACCCAAAUAAUUUAAGAAUUGUUUGCAACCAUGCACAAUUGUUUUUUCUUUAUGUAUUUUUCUAAUUUUUAUAACAGAAUAUAGAUAUACAUGUUUCUGCAAACUCACUGGGUUGUGCUGAUAACUUAAUAAAUAUUCUGAAAAUGUUAACAUAGUGUUGACUUCUUGAUGUCUAAGUUACCUAGACAUUUGGAAUAUGUAUUGCAUUUUUCCUGUUUUUCUUCUGAUGUCUUCUAACCAUUUAUCUCAUCUUGAAAUGAUUUUAAAUUUGGUGUUUUUUUCUCCUCUGAUGAAUCUUGACACUGGCAAAUUAAAAAUACUGAAUUUCAGUUCUAAGCUGUCAUCAUGACUGAGUGCUCUACUGCAGUGUCUUCAGUAAAACAUUGCUGUCAAGAAUACUGGACAAAUAAAAGGUAAGAAUUUUUUUUUUUGUAGGUAGGUAAUUCUCUCCACAUUCUCCAAGUAUUAUUAUUGUCUGAAUGUUUUUGAAUCCAUUUUCAGCUGCAUAUUGCCUUUGCAAAGAGCAGGUGAAAUACAUGAAAUAAUUUAAAUGUGAGUAUUGUCUUUAUGUGAAUUGCAUUGCAAAGGGGAAUGUAGUGGGCUGUCCUGGCUGACACUUCUGUAGUGCUCGAUUUGUGUGUAAGUUUUGCAAAGCUUUCCUUUAAGUCAGAAAAUAUCUUAUUUUCUCUAGGGUAUUUAGUUCUGUAUCCUGAUUUAUGGCUCUUAGAUGGUUUUACAAUUAAUUUAUUUUUCUUCUAAGAAGUUUUCAGUAUUGAUCACACUAGUUCACCGAUUUUCAAGUAAUUAAACAUAAAUUUACAAACAUUUUAGAACAGACAUCUGUGUAUUAAGGGAUUAGAAAAUACCUAUGUAUUAUAUUAUACAUAUAAAAUACCUAUGUAUUAUAUUAUAUUUACUGUGUGGACUACAAACCUGCAUGCCUCAUACUGGUGGUUAUUUCUGUCUGCUUAGGCUGUCAUUCCCAUUAAUUUUCAGUAGUUUAGUUUAGUUGUUAAGUGUUUCCAAAUACAGAUGUGAUUUAAAUUCUGCAAAAUUCCAAGGGGGCCAUUUGUCAGUACCUUUGUCAGUUCAGGAAGGCAAAAACAAAGAUUCAACAUCUUAAACCAUUUAUUUUUUUUACAACAUAUACAAAUAUGGUUUAUUCAAGUCAGCAGAGAGAAAACAGUCCAGGUGGAAAAGUCACUUUUAAAAUUGUUCAUUUUACAUAGUUUCCAAACAUAAAGACUGGCACAUGGUGAUGUUGCAUUGUCAGAGUAUUUUGAUAUGGUUGAAGAGGCAGAGGAAGACAACCGUACAAGUCAUUCUGAAAGAGCUUAUACAUCUAUUGGAGCAAAAUCUAUUUACUGCUAUUUAGUUUAAUUUGCUAACUCUGCCAAAUGUCUAUCACUAUUGAAGUUACAAAAUUUUUAUCACAGACAGGGAAAAAUUGCCACCAUUGGUACAUUUAGUGGGCUACCCUAAAAGUAAACUGAGUUUUAUAGUGGAAUAGUAACAGACAGUGAUUAAAAAACAGAUGUUAAUUCAAGCAUUUGAGGAGCAGAACAGACAGGUGAGUUUCAGAAGCUGCAGACUUAGCCUGUAAAGCUAGUAGCAAAAUUUUCUCUUUUUGAAAAUAAACUAUGAAUGCAAGAGAAAGUGUUCUUGAAAUAUUUGGAUGCUUCUGUGUUGCAGUGUUUAAUUCUCAAAAGCCUUGAGGUCUAGAAGCAGACACCUUCCUAAAAGCAGCUAUUCAGACACCUCACCUAGUAAUAUUUGUAAGCAAGGAAAAAAGUGUCACUAGGCUUAAAAAACCAAAAACUGAGAUAGUAUUUUUUAGUGUUCUGACUGCUCCUGGUGGGGUCGGUAAGACAGAAGCAGGAAGCCUUUGGGCGGUGGAGGAAGCAGCUCCUGCAGUGCCCCAGUUCCCACAAGCAGAGAGCUCUGCAGGCACACAGGAGCUGGCACUGCCCCGCUUCUGGCCCUUACAGGCACACACUGCAGGCACCAUGUGCUGCACAGGAAAGGGUAAGAAAUUGAUAGAAAAGGAGCAGUUUUAAAAUAGUACAGAAUAAAAGACUUUUGUGUUUUCUGUCCAAUAGGCAGUGGAGCAGGAGAAGCAGAUUUCCACCUGAAAAGUGUGCAGUGCAAGGCCUGCUACUGCUCAGAGACUGCAUGUUUCUGGAAGAUGUUGAUUAUUUACAUUCCUUUCUUUCAAACUUUAUCCUGGAAGCUGCUUCCUGUAAAUAGUUUGUAAUGUAAAAAUAAAUGUAUUUUCCUAAUUGAUGUCCAUACUCAGCCAGAAGCAUGGAAAAGGACAAAGUUAUUUUGUCAGUUUUGUCAUAGGAAUGUGUGACAGAUUCCUGCAGAAAUAAAAGCUGUGGCUAAACAGAAUAAACAUUCCUAUUAGCAUAACAACUUAGGACAUGAAAACUCUUUAACUGGGCUUUCACAAAAGUUAACAACUCCCCCUUGCUCUUUAAUGUUUCAAGUGGUUUUGAAUUUCCACUGCUUUGAACCAGCAAGAGGAAGGGCACUGCAAUUCUUUCCCUAAUUCACACCAAAGUGUAUCAUGUUUCACCAAGAAAAGUUUACCUGGAUAUUUACCAAUACCUAAACUUUAAAUUAAGUGAUGCACGUACUUUAAUGAAAAGACUGGAACAGGUUCAUUAGCCUUACACAAUUCCAGAUGUCUACAGGCCUACAAAAUUAGGGUUUCUAAAUAAAAAGUCAAAUAUUUUGCUGUUCUUUUUCACGGUAAGAAACAGCGGACAGAGGAGGUUUUGACUGUGAUUGAUGAUGAAGAUACUUACAUUAAUAAGCUAUUACCACAGCUAGAAAAAUUCUGUUAGCAGAAAUAGUGCAAAACUGCUGAUUUUAAAUGCCCACAAGACUUCAGGCUAGUGUUAGGCACAAUAUGACAUGACUACGGAUGUCCCCUUUGCUUCCCCAUGAUUAUUUUUUGCUUUUAUAUCUAUGUGACAGAAAAGCACUAGUGGAUGACAACAAGGAUAUAAGAACUUUCUGUGUUGAAUCCAGCUAAUUAGCAAGGUAUCUGCCAGCCUACUGUGAUACUUACUACAGGCAAUAUUAAGAAUUUUCAGAGCUGCUAAAAAACCCAAAAAAACACACCAACAAAAAGAAAAAGCUAAACAGGUAGGGGCACACUACAGGACAUUAAGCGUUGUUUUUAGAAUGCCACAAAAACACCAAAAGCAAAAAUUUCUCAGUGACAUAAAAUUGUGUUAAAAUAACAGAGAGAAUGAAGGUAACAUUUUAAAAAAUUUGCAUUAGUUGAACUGUGCAGCAGGUUGAUGUAUUUCCCAGUAAUUCCAAAGUAUUCCAAAGCAAACUAUGCAUAUAGAACUAUAUGUAAGUUGUCACUUCUUAACAUUUUGCUCAGGCUCAGUCUUUUCCUUGGGCAGGAUGGAGAGGAGCACGUGUCCCUCACAGGGGCUGCUACUGUUGGACCUGGUAAGGAGUGACAGGCUGAGCUGGUUGGGGGUUAUGUUGCUGAUUUGUAAAAUGCUGAUUUGGUACAUAAGUUCAAAACUUAACUUUUGUGAAAGAUGAGCAGUGGGAAGUGCAUGGCCUCUGUGAGGACAUGCCACUGAGAAAUCGGACUUUUUUGUAUGUCUGUGGUUAUUUUUUCUGAAAGCUGGAAGUGACCUCAAGAGGGCACUUUUUUGCUUUGGUAAGUGGCUACUUCAUAAGCAUUUUCUGUAGUGUAUAGUGAAAGACUUCAGAGUUUCUGGUGACAGAAUGCAGGGUCUGUCUGCUUGUUUAUAUGCCAGUUAAUAACUUUUAUUUUCUUUUAUUUCAUUUUCUUAUUCAGGAUGGGGGGAGGGGGGGCAUUAGCUGUCAUGAGACUACUGCCUGUAACUUCUUUCCUCUAGUGAAACAAAAACACAUGCAGAGCAGUUUGUUCCCCACAGACACAUUUCUUGUGGGAGAUCAAAGGGAUGGCUGAUGGCAGCAGUUGUUUAAUUUGUGCCCCGGUAAUGGAUUAUUUUAAACAACUAAACAUAUCAGUAACUCCCAUGGAGGAAAAAAAAAAGAGACUACCAUAACUAACUUUGAUAACAAAAGAUGAAUUCAGCACAUGUAGAACUUCACAACAGCGUUUCUAUGUAAACAGAAUUGUCAAGAGUUAGAGUGUAAAGUUCUUUAUACUGUCUGGGUUUGACAGACAAGUAAAAAGACAGUUCCUGACUAUAUGGAAAAAUGUGGUUUGAAUUCGAAAUUUUGAAAUGUUAAUUACACUUAUCAAUGCAUUGUUUUGAAUUUGGUCAGUACUGGGUACUAAACAUCUUGUGCUGAAAAGAAAGAACCAGAAAAGUUCUAAUACUUUUUUCCUCUAAAUCCAGAGAAAGAUAAAAAAAUCUGCAUUUUCUAAAAAGUAGUAUAUGAUAAAUAUACUAUACAAUGGCAUGUACUUUGAAACAUGGUAAUAAAUAUUCUUUCUUUAAACACAAGCCUGGAAAACUAAAAUUUAUAAGAAGAAAAUGUUGUUCCUUGCCAAGAUCUCACUACCAGUAAGAAGUACUCAGCUAUUGUACACUAUUUUGUUAAUGUAGCUAAACCAUAAAUAAUUUUGAGUGUUUCGUGUAUAUUCACCAAAGUUAAACAGAUAUGCAAAGGAAGUUACAGUAUAUUUAAAUCUCUUUACAAUCACUUAACACAGUGUUUAACAGUAAUCAUCAGGUAAAAGUGCGUUAUUUUAAUAUAAUACACAUAAAAAACCA